AUGGCGAUUUGGGCUUUUGGAGUGGUUGGGCUCGCUGUCGCAUUGUGCAUUGACUGUGCCGCCCAGUUUACGGCAAUGCCGGUUCUCUUCUUCGGCCAUAUUGCGGCCAUGCUCGUUUGCUGGUGCCUGAUGACCAGCGGCUCGGUGAUCUAUGUGCUGCCAGUGAGCAAGAGCAGAGACAGCGUCCGGGCGAUCCAUGCCGCAAUCCAGACCUGUGCUGUGCUUGUCGCUGUGGUUGGCUAUUGCUGCAUCUUCAGAAAUCAUCAGCUGAUGGGCGGUUCGCAGUUUGGUUUCGACCCCGGCAACCCUCCAGCGAAGACAGCCCAUGCCUUGCUUGGAUACCUGGUCUUGGGCUGCAUGCUCUUACAGGCUUUCCAGGGCUGGUCAAAGUAUUUGGGGCUUCAGGUGGGUAAGAUUCGACAUCUGGCGCAUCCCUUGAAUGGUCGGGUCCUGCUGGUCAUUAUGGCCCUGAACAUGGCCCUGGUGCUGACGACAUUUCCCUUGAGUCAGGCGCUUUUCAUUCGUCUUGCUGGUGGUAUUCUCUUGACUUCAGCGGCUGCAGUCAUCCUGGCCGGGCCAGCAGGCAAAGCGGCAGCCAGGGAGGCAGUGGAUGCCGGCGAAGCCAUGCUCCUGGAAGCUGAGAAGGGCUACGAGCAGUUGGCGAGUGAGUAA